AUGAUGGCUACCCAAAUGAGCCUGCAGUCGGCUCAAGAAGCCUGGAAGCAGAUUGACGCGCUCGGGGUCGAUGGUGUUCGAAGCAAGAAGGGCAUCUACGUGACCGUUAACGGCAACGAUCCUACCGGAAAUGUGGUAAUCCGCACGACGAAUAAGCCGUCGAGCGACGGCACAAACGACCCGGCCUUUAAAACAGUACGGGCCAUGGGGCUGCCAAUCACAAGCUUCGCUUGCGAGCGCGCGCUUACCCAAAAACGCAUCGACGACUACUUCCGGACGCAGAAAAGCCGCUACCGUGACCCGGAGCUGCUGGCAACGCAACAACGCAUCGGCAGGGACUGCAGAGCCACCGGACAGACUACUGUGUUCUUGGACAUCGACAGCCAGAUAAAGAGCAAGGCAUCGUACGUCCGCCCGGCUCAAGUGUUCAUCGCUCUGCUUAAGGCGCUUCGAGACAACGUCUGGACGCCGGAGGGCUGCGUGACGAUCGCUUUCAGAGACUUCCUCAACGAGACUCGCGCUGAGGUGACCAUUGAAGGAGACGUCGCCAAACCCUUCAUGGGCCAAAUCGCUGACCUUCUCGUCGAAGGGGGUGUAAACACGAACCAGCUACGCAUGGUGGUCAGGACCGAUGUUGGGGACGCGCUACGAACUUAUGAUCGGAUCAAAACUAGGAGUGAAAAUGCCGGGCAACACCAUCGUCCAAUCGUGAGAUUCCCGGUCGACAUUGCUAGCAACCCCUGUAUCGGCGAAGUGACCGGGACCUUUUCGAAUUUUCCUCUUCUCGCAGAAUUUCCCGAUUUGGAAUCGAUUCUUAGCAGUAUGCCACUGACAAUCGAUGGCCAAUAUUCCAACGAAACCGUCGACGAAUUUUUGGAGGGCCUGAAAAAAGAAGACUUGGCCAAGAUUUGGGACAAAAUCCACCUGACCUGCUUGCCGAGUGAGGACGACAUGGGAAGACAGCUUUGGAUCGUCGACAAGGGCAGACUUGCUGCUUGGAAAGAUGAGUUCCAACCGGUGGACCGGGAUGCCGAGCCGAUCAAGAGCUUUCUGGAGCAACAAGAGACGACGAAGAAAGAUGUUAUCAAGUAUUAUGAAGAAAAUAAGGAGAGUCUAGUUGAUAUGCGUACGAUGGCCGGCCAAGAGAGGUUUGGAAAGAGUGUUAACAAACCCAGCUGCAGUCUCUUGAUCCACAGCAAAGACCUUUCGGACAAGGCCAUGGCCACGCAGUUGGCCGAGGUGUUUUUGGUGCUUGCGAAAGCCAUCAACUCGGGUCGGCUGGAAUCUGACAUGGUCCUCUCCCUGUCGUUUACAAGGUUCAAGCCGGAGAAGGACUCCAGGGUUAAGAUCAUCACCGCAACCACCGUUACGGGCGCCCUACUGAAACAAAUCGUCGAAAUUCUCCUCGAAAACGACGUAUACCUGGGUAUUCUUCACCUGAAGGUCAAGUCGGACGUCGCCUGGGUCAUGGACCGGUACUUGGAUGCUGGCGGUAGGGACUAUAAACCCUUUACCCCGUUCUGCGAGGGCAUGCUGGACAAGUACGAGGAGUUGACGAAAAAAUUC